AUGAGUCAGGAGGAGGACGCCCGCUGGCUGGAGUGGGUUACCAGACAGUUUGAGAGUAUCGCUGGUGAUGACAAAGAGAUUGACCUGGACGAGUUUAAAACCGCCCUCAAAGUCAAAGAGUCCUUCUUUGCGGAGCGCUUCUUCGCUCUGUUUGACUCGGACGGCAGCAGCUCCAUCAGUCUGGACGAGCUGCUGGGCGCUCUGGACCUGCUCAUCCACGGCAGCGAGACCGACAAGCUGCGCUUCCUUUUCCAGGUCUACGAUGUGGACGGCAGUGGCUCCAUCGACCCAGACGAGCUGCGCACGGUGCUGAAGUCGUGCCUGCGCGAGAGCGCCAUCUCUCUGCCGGAGGAGAAGCUGGACGACCUGACGCUCGCGCUGUUCGAGUCAGCUGAUAAGGACAAUAGCGGUUUCAUCACGUUUGAGGAGCUGAAGGCCGAGCUCGAGAACUUUCCAGAAGUCAUGGAGAACCUCACCAUAAGUGCUGCUAACUGGCUGAAGCCUCCUGCAGUGGAGAACAGACGUCGCCCCACGCCGCGCUACCUGACGCGCGCCUACUGGCUCAACAACAGCCGCAAGCUGCUCUUCCUGUGUGCGUACGCGGGGCUCAACAGCCUGCUGUUCGUCAUGGCGAUGCUGCAGAAUGCGCCGGGUGGUGCCAGCUUCAUGCUGGCCAAAGGCUGCGGCCAGUGCCUCAACCUCAACUGCACCGUCGUCAUGGUGCUGAUGCUAAGGCGCUGUCUAACAUGGCUAAGGGCUACGUGGGUGGUGCGUUUGCUACCGCUGGACCAGAACAUUCUCCUGCACCAGAUCGUGGGAUACACCAUCCUGCUCUUCUCAUUGGUCCACACCACUGCACACACUAUGAACUACGUUCACCUGUCCCAGAGUGGGGGGGGCGGUGCUUAUGAGUUGUGGGAGUACCUCCUGACCACGAGGCCUGGGAUUGGCUGGGUCCAUGGCUCCGCCUCCAUCACUGGCCUGCUGCUGCAGCUGCUGAUUGGCCUGAUGACCGUGUGCUCCAGCACCUUCGUGCGCCGCAGUGGCCACUUCGAGGUGUUCUACUGGUCCCACCUGUCGUACGUGUGUGUGUGGGCACUGCUCAUCGUCCACUGCGCCAACUUCUGGAAGUGGUUUGUGGUGCCCGGCGUGCUCUUCCUGGCCGAGAAGAUGGUGGGCGUCGCCGUGUCCCGCAUGGGCGGACUCUACAUCGUCGAGGUCAACCUCCUGCCCUCCAAGGUCACCCACCUUGUGAUCAAACGGCCGCCAUUUUUUCAUUUCAAACCUGGAGACUACGUCUAUCUCAACAUUCCUGCGAUCGCCAAAUAUGAGUGGCACCCCUUCACCAUCAGCAGUGCCCCCGAGCAGCCAGACACUAUCUGGGUCCAUAUUCGCUCCAUGGGCCAGUGGACCAAUCGGCUCUUUGAGUUCUUCAGGCAGCCGGACCUGCAGGCGCUCAGCAGCAAGCGGCUCACAGCCAGCCUGAGGAGCCGGCAGCACCAGAGGAGGACCCAGAUUUCUGCAAAGUUGAGUGAGAACCACCGCUAUUGCAACAUAAAGUGUUAUGUGGAUGGGCCGUAUGGAACUCCCACACGUCAGAUCUUCGCCUCAGAGCACGCCGUUUUGAUCGGCGCUGGCAUCGGCAUCACUCCUUUCGCUUCCAUCCUGCAGAGCAUCAUGUACCGCUAUCGCAUGCGGAAGCAGAACUGCCCCAGCUGCAGCUACUCCUGGUGUGAGAACAUCAACAACAGCGACAUGAAGCUGAGGAAGGUGGACUUCAUCUGGAUAAACCGGGACCAGAAGUCUUUUGAGUGGUUUGUGAGUCUGCUGACCAAGCUGGAGAUGGACCAGGCGGACAUGGAGCCUGAGGGGCGCUUCUUGGAGAUGCAUAUGUACAUGACCUCUGCUCUCAGUAAAAAUGACAUGAAGGCCAUUGGCCUGCAGAUGGCGCUGGACCUGCUGGCUAAGAAGGAGAAGCGCGACUCCAUCACCGGCCUGCGCACUCGCACACAGCCUGGACGACCAGAGUGGAGCAAGGUGUUCCAGAAGGUGUCUCAGGAGAACAAAGGCAAGGUGCACGUGUUCUAUUGCGGCUCUCCUGCGCUCGCCAAGAUCAUCAAGGCUCAGUGUGAGAACUUUGGCUUCCACUUCUACAAGGAGAACUUCUAA